AUGGCUUUCUGCUGGUACAACCGAAAUCUGCCCAUUCUGAAGAUUCGUGGACUGCCGUUGUCCUUUUUCGCAAUUGGGUUUCUGCACAUGUAUUGGAUUCUGGCGCAGCUGGUGUAUCCCAUCGGCCAAACCAUGCCACUAGUCCUCGCAUAUGACAUCCAGUACUUCUUCAUGGGCCUCUGGUUUCCCUUGGGAGUGGCAUUGUUCCACGCAUCCAAUCUUCGUUUUCUUCACGUGGCGAGGCUUCAGAAACAGUUUACUGGUCCAGCUCGUCGAGUCGAAUCGGGCUGCAAUGGCGCAAAAACCUCAUGGCUUUGCCGCCUCAGAAACAUGGAUCAUACAACGCGAUCGAUUAUGUUCAUCGCUCUUGGAAUGGUCAUCCAGGUCUUGCUCACGGUCGGUAUGUGGCUAGCCUGCCGAAAAUACCAUCCAACGUAUGGCAUUCCUGGUACCGAACUCCGCGGUGAAACACUCCUUGAGCAACUUGUGGACUUGAGUCGAGGGUGGGAAUGGUGGCCGUCGGUUCUAUGGCAGGUCAUUUGGACUUGGAUUGUUGCACCUAUUCUUCUGUGGCGCGCUUGGGGGAUUCGCGAUACCAUGGGAUGGCGGGCACAAACCAUCGGCUGCUGCAUUUCCAAUCUCCAUGCGACACCAAUGUUCUUGGUCGCGCUGUAUGCUCCUGUCUUCCAGAAGGUCAAUAAAGUUUUUACUCCGAGUCAAUGGAUCCAUCUCUCCAUUUUUAUGUUUGAAAUCUUCACCGUUUUCGUUCCCGCUUUCCAAGUCGUCAAGUUUUGGAUCCAGAAGAGAAAAACUACCCGCUCGAACGAGAAAUGGGACAGUCCUCUCCAAACUACGGGUCUGACGCUGUCACCUCAAGCGGAACCCUUUACCCCUUCGUCUUCGUCGACGGAGCACUGGAUCUUCCCAACCGCUACUUUGACGAAGAAGAGUAAACCUCUGGACAUCUUUAGCGAAGACUUGGGCGAUCGCCUGCUGACAAUGAGCGCCCUCGAAUACGUUCUCAGCGAAAAUCCUCAACCACUUCAAGAAUUCUCUGCUCUGAGAGAUUUUUCGGGAGAAAAUAUUGCCUUCUUAACAAGUGUAGCAAAAUGGAGGUCAUGCUGGGCUACACAGAGCGCUGAUGAUCAGAAACGAAAGAUGUAUAGCGACGCACUGGAGAUCUACAUCGACUAUAUUAGCCCAAGAGAUGCUGAGUUCCCCUUGAACUUAUCUUUUGCCGAGAUUAAGCGCGUCGAACGCAUCUUUGAAGCAGCCGCACGAAGUGUCUGUGGAGAGCAAACACCAAUCUCACCUACAUCGUUCGAUAUUGAGAUUGCUCCUUUCAGCUGCUGCGAGGCUAGUUCUCCCGUCGAGCUAAGCGAUCGAAACGCCUCCAGGAUACAUUAUGAGGGCGAGAUCCCUGAAGAGUUUGGUUUAACGGUGUUUGAUAGCAUCCAAGCCCAUAUCAAGUAUCUCGUUUUGACCAAUACGUGGCCGAGGUUUGUGGACGAGAUGCAGGCCAAGCGACGACAAUCAUGCGAGACGGCGAAUAGCGAAGGGACCUGGAAAUCUGGAUCGACUAUUACAAAUAGGAUCGCCCAUUUGGUCCGCCAAAUUUUCUAG